AUGGUCGGCGGCGUGCGCUCGCAAGCAACAUCAGCAGCAGCAGCCGUCGUUCAGAACCAAACAACGCCUGAACCCAGUGUUAUUGGAGUUGUCGGCGGUGGCUUGGCGGGGUUGGCAGACCAUGCAGCGGCAGCGCCACCGGCAAGGUCGACUUCGCGGCGCAGCUCUGGAUCUUUGAAGCGGGAGCAUCCUGAUGACGGGGAUAUGGAAGGAAGCGGCAUAUUGCACUCCGAACAACGGGGCGGGGCCGGUGGCGCGGCCGACAGCAGCAACAACACUCCUCUGCCGGACGGCAGAAAACGCCGUGCUGGGGCAGGGUCCGGCUCGCGUGGGGUUGCCAAUCUGACACCCGAGCAGCUUGCCAAGAAACGGGCAAACGACAGAGAAGCGCAGCGCGCAAUUAGGGAGCGGACACGCAACGAGAUUGAGAGCCUUAAGAGGCGCAUCGAGGAGUUGACCAACCAGAAACCGUAUCAGGAGCUCCAGGCUGUAAUCAAGGCUAAGGAGGCCGUCGAGGCCGAGAAUGCAGAAAUCAAGCAGCGUCUUGCCACUGUUAUUGGCAUGCUCCAGCCUUUACUAGGACCUGGCGUGGCUGUCGGUGUACACAGCAGUCUCUCGGCGGUUAGUGAGAAUCACACCGCCACCCCGUCCGUCUAUCAGCUUGCCUCUUCAUCAGGCUACAUGCCUUCACAACCAAUAUUGUCCGUCGAAUCUCCAUCCAAUCAUGUCUCGACACCGAACGGCACUGCGUCGCCUGCCGGGUCGGUUGAUAUCCCUGGCAGCCAUUCCCAGCUCAAGCACAACCAGAAUCAGCAUCAACAGUGGCAACAAAAUAUGGUUUCUGAAUUUGUCACUGGAACCACUUCUCGCUCUUUUCCCAUUCAGACUCCUAACGGUAAUUCGGUCUCAUCAAGGUUCCACCAACACCAAGUCUCCAACCCUUUUAACCAACAAACGCAACAUCGUCAGUCUAGCCAGCACGGACUGCUCCAACAAGUUCCUCAUCAACAGCCGUUGCAACAAGGCACCCAGCUGCCUCAGCUUGAGGACCACCAGUAUCGGCACCAGCCCCAAUCACAACAGGUGCAAGCGGCGGUUAUAGAUACGAGUAUCGAAGCCAGCUUGGACCCUAACCUCGAUCCAAAUCUACACCCUCGACUGGAUCCUCGCCUAUAUACAACAUCCCCUACCGAUUCCAAUGACGUGGCCAUGACCUCUGUAUUUAGCGGACGAGGCAGUGCAGAAGGCAACGUCGAGGGACUUGGAGAAAUUGUUCCCGAUUUUUCGACGCCGGUCAAAAAUUGCCUGCGAACUUGCCCACUCGAUGGCAUGCUUCAAAAUACCUUACAAGAACGUCGACAACGUGCAGCAGAAGGUGUGGCACCUUCAGAGAUCACCGGGCCUCGCUAUCCAUCAGUCAAGUCACUACUAAACCCCUCCGCCACAUCUGAGGAUGAACGUACGUUGCAUCCGAUAUCACAAGUCUUCACCGACAUCGUACAUGCUUUCCCUCACAUGACAGGCGAGCCAGAGCGCAUCGCAAUUCAUUUCAUCAUGUCAUUGUAUCUUCGCUGGCAGGUGAAUCCUACCCCAGAGAAUUACGAGUUGUUGCCUCCAUGGCUGCGCCCGCUGCCUUCGCAAGUAACGCUUCCCCACCCGGUGUGGCUCGACUAUUGUCCGUUCCCACGCAUGCGGGAUAGGAUAGUCAAGGACUUUGCAAAAGCAGAUGCUGCCGGGCUGAGAAGCUACUGGGUGAGCGAUGACACCAAGGACAACCUCAUAAUUGGAGACAGCAGCACGGUUAAACAUCACAAUGCACCCUAUCCUGGAAUGGAUCCCCCGGUAACGUUUGACCUAUUCGCUGGAGUCUAUACGGACACUAUAUCGCUCAACUGGCCUCACAAGAAUCGAGGCUCCCUGUUGGAGAGCAGCGACGGCUCUAGCGACCCCGUUAUCACCCCGGCCUUCGAAAGCCAUCUGAGAAACCUCGACAACUGGACUUUGGGGCCUCAGUUUUUUCAUCAAAUGCCCCAUCUCAGGGGUUUGGCCAAUCUCAAGACUGCGGACGGCCAGAUAAUAUUGGCAAGGGAGACUUAG